AGCCGAAGCCGUUACGGCUUCCAGGCCCCUCAGUCUGGCAACAGGCUAGAAAUCGUGGUCAGGCAAUCUAUCCAUAACUCAGCGCCCAGCGCUGUUCACGAUGCACCGGCUCAUGCAGCUGGUGUGCUUGUUAUUCCUGCACACCUGCCUUGGAAACAGCGAUUUGCAUAGCGCGGAGGGCGAGCAGCACCACAUUUCCGACCCUGACGCGCCCCUUAGCGAGGGCAAGGCCAGCGUCUCUGUGUCCGCCUUUGGCCAGCCCUCGGUGAUGCGAAGAGAGGCGAAGCAAGACCGCGCCAACAGGCCGGCAGACCGCUCGGACCAGCUCCAGCGAGCACUCAGCAGGGCGCGGACUGAGAACCGCGAUGCCGCGGAGGCGUUGAUGGACAUUCUGAGGAUAGCGCGCGAGGGCGACAGGCUACAGCAGCAGGAGGUCCAUCAAUUGGACGCAAGUACGACCGCGACAUCCACAAAUAGCACCAUGGCAAAGUCAACCACCACGGCACCAACCACAAGCAAAAGAGCUACCACCACAGAAGGCAACACAACCACCGAAAUCGUCACAACCACGGAGGCGACAACUACGUCGACUACCAAGGCCACCACCAGCAAGGCCUCAACCACAACGGCACCAAGCACCACUGAAGCGGCAGCCACAACAACGAAGCCACCCACCACCACCAAAGCCUCACCGCCGGCAACGACCAAGCCCAAGGGUCCUCCUAUGCACGCGAGUGAGCCACAUGUUACUCCUCCGAUGCAUGGGCAGCCCGAGCACCUCGUGCCAACGCACCCCAUGAACGCGGAGCCCGCGCACCCAAUGCAUCCAAUGCAUCCAAUGCAUCCAAUGCCUGAGAUGCAGGGCGAGGCCGAGCCCAUGGCCGUCGGCCACAUGCCUUCCAUGAUGCCACCCGCUGCACCCACCGCAAGCAGCAUUGCCCCACACCAGGGACCGCAUGCGUCCCCGUUCCCGGACGUGCACAUUUCCAUGGAGCCGCCACCGCGUGGCGUGCCGCCCCUGGCUGUGCCGGUGAGCGGGGCGCCGCCUUUGUCGCAGCAGGCACUGAAAGACUGCCACAAGGCGGGCUUGGAGGCGGGAGAGGCGGCUCUCCACAUGGGUUUGCCCGUCGCGAAGGCAGCGGAGGUGGCGGCCACUGCAGCAGCGGCGGCAGCGGCAGCCGACGGCAUGAGUACUGCGCAGCAGGCUAUGGCUGCCGAGGCAGCAAAGGCGCACUUCUCUGGGAUGCCACCCCACCCAGAGGACCACGACGAGGCUCACGGCUUCGGCGGCUUUGGCUUCGUCGCGGAGGGCUGCACUGAGGACGAUGUGUGCAAGCUGAUCAAUGGGUUCUACCAUGAGACCGGCGACAAUGAUGGCAAGCCAAUGUUCACCAAAGACGGUGAUGAAGAGGUCUCGGUGUAUUUCAUCGAGAGUGAGGGGAGGACUGGCUGGUGGUUUGGGCAGUACGCCGGUCACGGCAGCGUGUAUGCCUUCAAUCCUUCGGAUGCCUCCGAGCCGCCGAUGGCGGGAUGGCACGUGCCCUGGACCAGUUCUGGGGAGUCCCACCUCCACUUCGCGCAGGCAGAGGGGAUGCCAACAUUUGAGAAGGGCAACGUCACCUACCACGAUAUCCACGAUGAGGCUGAGCAUUGGGAGCCGCACGUGCCUCCUCCGCUGCAUCCCGAGCACCUGGCCAGCCCCUGCCGCAACCAGACUGUGGCGCCCAACGGUGGCUGGGUUGUGUACAACGGCUCGGAGCAGCAGCUGAUGGGCCUCCCGGUGGAAUGCCGAAGCUUCCCAGUGGAUGCCCUAGUGCCGGAGGCUUGUUGCCACCUCGGGCUGGCGAACAUUUUUGACCAGGGCUUCAAGGAGCUUUACCAGCAGCAGGGCAGCUGCAGCCGCGUGGUUGGGGGAGGUCUUUUCCACGAGGCCUUCACAGUGAAGUUGCGCUGCAACAGUGACAACACGAUCACCUACGGCCACGACUGCCCUUUGGAUUGCGAGUGCGGCUCUGAGAAGACGUACCCGCACGGAUGCUAUCGAGGCGUUGACCGCAUUCCGGAAACCACCUGGUUUUUCAUGGUUGGCGGGUGUGAGUGCACUGGCGCCAAGAUGCCGAAGGGCGGCAUCCAUGACCACAUGGACAUGUCCGAGCUGCCGCCGAUACAGGUGAGCGGCUGCGCAGAGCCCAACACGCGGGCUGUGGUGGAAGGGCUCUAUUCGCCCGCCGGCAUGCACGAGCACCGGCCGACCUUCAAGAAGCACGACUCAGCUUCCGGCGAGGACGAGGUAUGGCUCUACUACUACAACGACGAUGCGGCAGACUCGGCAGGCUGGUGGAUCGGUUCUGGCGCGGACAACCACGCCCAUGUCUACGCCUACAACCCCUCGAAGGAGGACGCCCCGCCGCUGGAGGGAUGGAAGGCGCCCUGGUGGGCGGAGGUGGACAAGUCCAUGCGCGUGGCGCCCGUGGUGCAGGAAGUCCACCCAUAUGUGGUGAAGGAUGAGGAGCACGAGCCGGAGCACACGCAUGACGAACAUGAGGACGCCAUGAAGACAGAGGAGGUGAUGCCCCCGGAGGACGAGGACCACGAGCACUAUGAUCACGAGAGCCAUGGGCACUGGCAGCCGAUCAUGGACGCCAUAUCCAAGGCUAGCGAGGGCAGCAACAAUAUGGUCAUGAAGACACUCGAAGAGAUGGCGGAGCACAUGAAGGAAAUGGAGGAGACCGUGGACAACAUGCAGGACAAGCUGCACCCUGGCCACGUGCACGAGCACGACAUGUAUGAGCCAAUGGCAUCCACACCUCCGCCCUUCGAAGAGGCUGCCCACAACAUCUCCGAGUGGCCGGACAAGACAGCAAAACCGCUGGUGGUUGGGGGCUGUGCCCAAUCUGCUUGCAGCAAGCUCACCGGGACCUACUUGCCAGCUGGCUUUUACCUGGGCCGGCCCAUGUAUCAUAAGGCCGGUGUCGAUGGCGAGGAGGUCCUGAUUUACUACCACCACGACGGGGAGCACAAGGGCAUGGACGGCUGGUGGUUCGGCACAGACUCCGCGGAUUUCGCCUCCACGGAGAACUUGGCCUUCCACGCUGGUGAGGGCUCGGUGCCGCCGAAAAGCGGGUGGCACCUGCCCUGGAACGGCUCUGUGGACCCUGACUUGGAGAUCAUCGAGGGCGACGAGGUCAUCCCCAUCGCUCCGCAGGAGCCCAUGCAUCACAACGAGACGCUGCCACCUCCGAUGGAGGUGCCCAUCGAGAUCCCGGACGAGCAUGAAAUGCCCACGGACCGGACGCUGCCCAUUGUCGCAACGCCCGAGCCGGAGCAUGCCGCGCCCAUCCUCCACAAGGAUUUGAAUCCUGACGAGCUGAAGCAAAUCCUGCGGGAGGAGGGCGACAUGAUCUCGGCUGCCGUGGGCAAGCUGAACGGCGGCAAAGAGCUUGCGGACUUGGUCUUCGGCACGGACGCAGCGCUGAUCCCCAAAGAGCCGCCCAGCGAGGAGAUGCUUGAAAAGCUCGCCAAGGACCCUGAGCUUGCGAAGAAGGCCUUGAACAAGACAGUGAUGAUUCUGGAGAAGGCUAUGGAGAAGCUCAACUCCGGCGAGGCCUUCGCAGAUGAGGUCUUCGGCACCAACGCAAGCGCGUGGGCAGAGACAACUCAGGAGAUCAUCAACGCCACCAUGGCGCCCAUCGAGCACCAUGAUUUCGAGAAGCCGGACAAGCCGGACAAGCCGGACAAGCUGGACAAGCCGGACAAGCCGGAGUUCAAGCCUUUCAACGGCUCCAACCAGACAAUGGAGACGGAACCUCCCGUGGCAUCUUCCACACCGGUACCCGCCGGUGCGCCGCCCAUCCCGAACUCGCAAGCUGCGCCGCUAGUGGACACCGUGGACAAGGUGGCGGCCGCCGCAAAUGAGGCGGCCGAGAAGGCGCGGCAGUGGCAGGACGCCGAGAUCGCAGAGAAUCGGGCCCAGCAAGCUGCGGAGGAGGCGAAGAAGCACGUGGAGAAGCUCACAGUGGAGGCGGCAAAGGAGGAGGCAGAGAAGGCCAUUGAGCACGCGGCGGACGAGGAGGCCAAAGAGGCCAAGGUGGAAGCCACCAAGGAGGCCAAGGAGGCGGAGGCUGAGACCAAAGCCAAAGAGGCUGAGGUGGCGGAAAAGCAGCAGAAGUUGGAGGCGAUGAAGGGGGAGGUUCCUCAGGCGGCCAGGGACGCUGCAGCAAAGGCCGUGCAAGAGGCGGAGAAGGAGGAGCACGCAAAGGCGGAGAAGGUGAAGGAGGCCAAGUUCGCCAAGGAGGACCUGGGCCCGGGCACGCCCCCGGAUGUGGCGGAAGCUGCGGAGGAGGCAGUGACAAGGGCCACCCUAGAAGACAAGGUCGCACAGGACAAGGUGGACGAGACGACCGCGACGCUUCGCGCGAUGAACAUCACGGUGACCCCGGAGAACCGAGCGGCGGCAGAGAAGGAGCUCGCAGCGGCGCAGGAUGCAGCAAGGCAGGCAGCCAUGAAGGCUGCGAACCUGCAGAAGAAGGCAGGGGAGAUCAAGCUGGUGAAGCACGAUGAGGCGGAGGACAACGCCCUCUUCCCGGACAGUGAACCAAAGGAGGCACCAGGUGGGGCCAUCGUCAUGGGCUCAGAGCCGAAGACGGACGAGGAGAAGGACCUCGAGGACAAGCUGGCGGUGCUCCAGUCCAAGUUGGCGGGCUUGGAGCGAGUGCAGAUGAAGGAGGUCUUGGAGAAGAAGUUGGACAAGCUGCCCAAUGCAUCCCUCACGCAGGAAGGCGGCCAGCGCACGAUCCGCGCUCUUUCUGCCAGCUCGGAGGCCGCGACCCUGGCGCAGAGAGCGGGUGAGGAGCCUGAGACGCUCGUGGCUGCUGGGCAGAAGCCGAAGGAGCAGGAAGGGGAGAAUAAGGAGGGCGAGAAGGAAGGGGAGAAGAAGAAGGACUCGGCAAAAGCGGAGAAGAAGGAGAAGGGCUCCUGGAACCGGGUGACAGCGUUUGUAAUGUGCGGCAUGUUGGUGGUGGUGCUGGGCUCUUUGGCUACUCACCUCCUUCUGAAGAAGCACAAGUCGAAGCAGGCUCAGCCCGAGGAGCAGAAGCCUUUGAUGGAGGAGUCGGAGUCCCCGGCGGCGGAAGCGGCGGAAGCCCAGGGUUCGGCGGAAGAAGGCGCAGCGGCCUCGAGCCCCGAGCCGGCCUCGACUCCGGAAGCAAACCCGACGGAGGCGGUGCCAGCCAGCUGAGCGUCAUCAAGCUGAGGGCCUUGGGUCAAACAGCCAAAGGCUCAGGGAGAAGCUGAGGCGCGCGCAAACAAACCUGACUGAACAGCAGCACUCAGACUUGUCUUCUGCAUGUUAGGC